UACAUCCACACCGUCCCCGCGGUACAGGACAGUACAUACAGACGCUACCUGCUCGGCGGAAUGGACCUAUCAUUCGGUGCUCCCAGUUUCAUCUUCAGCUCAGCGGAGCCACGGGAGAAGCCAGGUCCGACAUGACAGCGCCCGGGCGGGAGAAGAAAUUUCGCCUGCAGCCGCGGGUGAUAUUCCGGUCGGAGGCAUCGUGGGCUGCGGGUCGCUACGCCGUGCUGGCUAUCCUGUGCGUCCUGUGCUACAGCAACUCUCUCCGCGGGGAGUUGGUGCACGACGAUGUGUGGGCUAUCAUCAACAACCCGGACGUCCGACCGGGCUCCAGUCUCAGAAACAUCUUUAGCAACGACUUCUGGGGAAAGAGGAUGACAGACAAUACGAGCCACAAGUCCUACAGACCGCUGUGCAUCCUCACCUUCAAGUUGAACAUCGUGUUGGGCGGCAUGACACCUCUGUAUUUCCACAUCGUCAACGUGUUUUUGCACUGCGCCGUAACCUGCCUGCUAAUGCACACAUGUGAAUGCUGCGUGUUUGAAGACUCGCGUCUGGCCUUCGUCACAGCUCUCCUCUUUGCUGUGCACCCUGUCCACACCGAGGCCGUGUCUGGUAUUGUGGGCAGGGCAGACGUCUUGGCCUGUCUUCUGUUCUUGCUGACGUUCCUCUCCUAUAUUAGGAGCGUGGCAGUUUGUGUCUGCAAGGACUCUCUGCCCUCCACGGUUUCUGUGUGGUCUCUGCUCAUUAGUUUGUUCCUCGGUACCUGUGCCAUGCUGGUCAAGGAGACGGGCAUCACCGUAUUUGGAGUGUGUGUUCUCUAUGACGCCCUCGUGCUCUGCCGCAAGCCUCUCAUCUACCACCUGUCUGGCUCCAGACUCAGGGACCUCUUCUACAUCUGCAGCCCCUUCAUCAAAAGAGCCUGCCUUAUCUCUGGCUAUGUGAUCAUCAUCAUGUCAGUCAGGCUGUGGCUGAUGGGAGGAUCCAUGCCUCUUUUCUCAGAACAGGACAACCCUGCCUCCUUCUCACCUCACUUGCUUACAAGGAUUUUGACCUACUCUUAUUUGCUGUCCUUUAAUGCCUGGCUGCUGCUGGCCCCCAUCGUGCUCUGUUACGACUGGCAAGUGGGCAGUAUUCCCCUGGUGGAGUCACUAGGAGACAUGCGCAACCUGGCUACUGUGCUGCUGGCUGUGGUGAUGGUGGCGCUCUGUCUGCACUGCGUCUUCUCACUGCAGAGACAGGAGAACAGGGGGGUGUGGGUGGGAUUGUUGUUUCUGGUGUUCCCCUUCAUUCCUGCCAGUAACCUUUUCUUCAGGGUUGGAUUUGUCGUGGCUGAGAGGGUUCUCUAUAUGCCGAGUAUGGGUUACUGUAUCCUGGUGGCUCACGGCCUGGGCCGGCUGUGUUCGGUGGUAGGCCGUUGGGGCACCACAGUCCUCAGCAUCUUCAUGUUGCUGCUAUUCCUCCUCUUCUCCUGGAAAACCCUCCAGCAGAACCACGUAUGGCUCUCCAGGGAGGCCCUCUUCUGCUCUGGUAUCCAGACCCUGCCUCACAAUGCCAAAGUCCACUACAACUACGCCAACUUCCUGAAAGACAGUGGUCGCCACCAGGAGGCCAUUCACCACUACACCACUGCCCUCAGGUUAUAUCCCCGUCAUGCCAGUGCCAUGAACAAUCUCGGCACUCUGACACGCAACCCAGAGGAGGCUGAACGCUACUACAGGAAAGCAUUGAACACCAACCCUCAGCAUAACCGAGCUCUCUUCAACCUGGGAAACCUCCUCAAGUCCCAGGGGAAGGAGAAAGAGGCUGAGGCUCUGCUGAAAGACUCCAUACGUUUCGGUCCACAUUUUGCUGAUGCUUAUUCCAGUCUGGCAUCACUCUAUGCUGAACAGAAACGCUUUCAUGAAGCCAAUGAAGUGUAUCUGAAAGGUAUAGAGAACUGCCCAGACAGCUCUGACUUGCAUAAUAAUUACGGAGUGUUUCUGGUCGAUACAGGAGAAGGGGAGCUGGCCGCCGCUCACUACCAGCAAGCAGUUCGACUCAAACCAGCACACUAUGUUGCCAUGGUGAACCUGGGCCGUCUGCUCCGAUCAUCCAAUGAGAACAAAGAAGCAGAGUCUUGGUACAAGAGGGCUCUGCAGGUGACAAGGAAGGUGGAGAUCCUAGCACCUCUCGGAGCGCUGUACUACAACACAGGGCGAUAUGAGGAGGCCCUGCAGGUGUACAGAGAGGCCGCUGCCUUGCAGCCAGAGAGCACCGAUAUCUGGUUGGCUCUGGCUCAGGUUUUAGCCAUGGCUGGUCAUACCAAAGAGGCAGAGAACAUGACCUUGGACAUCAUAUCCAGGGAAAGAAGCUGCAUCGAAUGUUACCGCCUCCUGUCUGCCAUAUACAGCAAGCGUGGCAACUUUACAGAGGCUCUGGAUGCCCUGGACAGAGCCCUGCAGCAGAAUCCCAGUGAUCUGACAGUGAGAGCAGAGCUGUAUUUCUCCAAAGGGAACCAGCUCCGAGAGAUGAACCAGCUGGACCGAGCCUUUGAGAGCUACAAGCUGGCUGUUGAACUCAAACCUGACCAGUCCCAGGCCUGGAUGAACAUGGGAGGGAUUCAGCACAUUAAGGGAGACUAUGCAGCAGCCAGGAUGUACUACCAGCGAGCCCUUCUACUCAGCCCUGGUUCCAAACUUCUGAAGGAGAACCUGGCCAAGCUGGACCGGCUGGAGAGGAGGCUGACAGGGGGGGAGUAGACCAUCACAGUCCCACAGAUGCUGUUCCAUCCUGGCUGUGGAUCAGGUAGCAAGGCACUGCCCACCGUUCUGGAGCCCAAUCACCAGCCACCAAGCUGCUGGAUAAAAUGACCUGGUUACUAAGACAAUCUGUCUGUGUGGUGACCUUGUCAGGACUGCAGCAUUGUUCGGCGUGUAGCGCCAAAGAGACUGGUCGAGCCACAAUCCAGAAGCCUUUCAUGGGGUAAACAAAAAAGAACGGCUGGUUGAAGAUCACUGGGAGCUCCAUGCAUUGCCUUGUGUGCGUCAGCUUGCACAUCUGCUUUAGACAUUUAUGUUUGAUUGAUUUAUUAUUUAGGUUCAUGUGAAGUAAUUUCUGUUGUGGCACUUAAUCACAGAUUAUUAUUGAGUGUUCUGCUCUGCCUAUGAGAAUUAUUCAUGUAUUUACAUCAGUGCAGUCAAAGUGUGUGAAAAAUGUUAUUAUCUUGAAGGCAAAGAGCAUGUGAGUUCAUUCAUCACCUUUUGGAAAUAUUAUGUCUAACAAAAUUUUCUAAGCUCAAAGGUCUGUUUACUAUCCUUUCAAAGCUUUCAAUGGUCAAGGUCUAAUUCUGUGAACACAUCUGGCUCAGGUGUCAUCAUGUGACUUAAGAAUAAGCAUCAUCUGGGAAGGGGUCGAAGACAUUGACCAGGUCUCAGUGGAUGACCAAAGAAAGAUAAAGAAGGAUAUUAGCAGCUGACUCCAGGGACCAGUAAUCUGUCAACAUGACUUGAAGCUUGCAGUAUGAAACGUUUCAUUUGUGGAAAAUAAAUGGACCAGAGAAGGUAGCCUUAUGUACAGUAGCAAUUAAAGGCUGUCAUUUAAGCUAACGAUCAAAUCUCACAAACAUGUGCCUCCUCCAAAAUAGAUGGCAUUCAUUAAGUGGAAAUGAGCAUUUAUAGCCAGUGCUUAAGAGAGUUUGGUGACUCUGACUUGGAACACUUGUAUGAAAAACAAGUCCAGAAUAAAAGUUCAAAAGCAACAUGAAGGCCUGUUGUUUUUCAAAUCAUAAUUUUCCUGGUUUGUCAAGUGGAAACUGGCUUCACUGUAGAGCUACCACUUGUGAUUGUAGAGUGAUGCUUUUUUAACCCAAUAAAUAAUCUUUGAGUAUGGACAGAGAGGGCACAUUAGCCACAUCAAGUAACUUGCAGUAUCUAUUAGCUAGAUUCAUGAGUACAAGUUAAAUUCUGGAUGAAGACUUUAUACAGUCAUUUGAGGAAGUUAAAGUGACAAGAGGCUGACUUCUACAACAAAACAAUGCUCCAAGGCAGACCUCAUAAUCCACCACGAGGUGCUUAAAGAAGCAUAAACUGAACAGCCUCUUUGAACCAGGACGGAACUUGCAAACUACUAAUACAUAGUAUACAUCAUAUCCAAAAUUCCAUUAGGCCAGCUCCAUUCGCUGAAGACCACUGACAGUUGAAAGCUCUGAAAACAUACCAAGUGGACCUUUGAGUUUAGAUCAUUGAUACACAUGAAAGAUACGGUUUUUAAAAAAAAGAAUUUUGAUUUGUCUUUGUUGGAAUGUAUCAGUGAAUAUAACAAAAGGCAAAAUCUCUAUAGCUAUCAGAUUAUAUGACUGAAUAGAAAUGAUUUCUUUGUUGACAAACUAUACCGUGUUCCUUUGACCUCCAUUUCCAAAAGUGGUUUCAGUAUAUGACCUGAUGUUGCAAGCCUUCUGCAAGCAUAAUAGGCUAGUGUGUCUGCUCCAGUGUGAGGAGUUGAAACUUGUGGCUUCAUUUGUAGCAGAACCCCUGAAGACUGCUAUUUGGUUGCUUGUUGUGGUUUUGUUGUGAAUGAAUUUUGUUGUGGAAUGAAAAUGAAGUGACUCGUGCAAUGACUGACUUGCAACAAGAA